CAAGACUACUACGUUGGCAUUCCGAUUCCUUAUCAGUUAAAAACAUAUAAACCUUUGUUUCUAACCUUUCAACUUGUGAUCAAGGAGCAAUAUGGGUUUUGCUGUAGUUUCAUGGAAAACCCAAAAUGGUGUCCCUCUUGAGAAAGAGGAGUUUGAAGCCAUAGCCUUAGCAAAGGUUAUAAUGAUGAAUAAUGGCAAGAAAGAAAAAGGUGCUGAUGUCACCAUGGUAUAUCAAAAAGUACUCUGGGGUGGAACCAUACACUCUUUACAUGAUACGAAAAAAGAAGCAUGCGAUGAAUUAAACAAAGAAGUUCCUCAAGUAAAAACCCCUGUCCAGCAAAAAAGGGCAAGGAAACAAAAAGACUACGGAGAUCAGUAUGUAGAGGAAAUUUCAGAUGCCGAAAAUAAUGAUGAGACUCCAAAGUCAAGCAAAGGAAAAGCCAGUAAAAAACGGCAAAGGACUGCAGCUGUUGAUGAAAUCACUGAAAAGUGUGAUGCAAUAAUUGUCAAUGAAAUUUUAAAUCCUGUUCCACCUCGAGUGAACUUGGCCGAAAAGGAAGUGUCGUCAGAUUCAGACAGAGAAUCUGAUGGCUGCAGUGGGAAUCAGCCAACAAAAUUAAAACAUCCACGUUUUGGGGGCAAGCAGCCCAAAAAGCACACACUUCCGAAGUGCAUCAGUCAAGACUGCAAGAAAGUCAAGUUGGAACUGGAUGACACAAAAAAAGAACUGGAGGCGGUAAAACAAGAUUUAUCAAAGGCUUUGGAUAAGAUUAGUAAGUGCAAACUAUAAAUUCUGGAGUAACUACAUGUAGGAGUCGUUCACUUGACAUACAAUGAAAUAAGAAAUGUCACAUGUUAAAUAAGCCAAUUUUUUUAAAUUAGAAUUUCAGGUAAAGCCGCAUUUUUUGUAUGUACAUUACAUGUAGAGCAGAGUCACAUGAACCAUGAAAU